AUGGGCAAUUUUGGCAACGACUCCUCCAUCGAGGGAGACGUUUAUGUCCAGCGGUUGGCCACAUACAUUCGCAAGAACGAGGAGUCCCUUGCAAACGGACUUCUUUGUUUCCUGAAGAGCAGAGGCAGCUCGAAGGUGAAGCCACUUAGAAUGACAUUUACAAUCCAUCAUUUGUAUUAUAUUACCGAGAGAAUCGAAAACUCGUCCCUCGGCAUCGACGUUGGUCCCCUUAAUAUCAAAUUGGAUACUCCGAACCACGAACCAACGUUCAUUUCCUUCAUGGCUAAUAAUGCCAGAAACCAGAGACAGUUCGAGAGUGAUGCUAGAUCUAUCACUUCCAUGAAUUCCGUGAAAUCCAUCGUUUCGAGUGCAUCCGUUUACUGGAGGUCAUUCUCCUUCAGCAAGGAUCCGAAGAUCAUCCAUAGAGACAUCAAGUACUUGUAUUCUUCGUUUACGAAGAUCCCGUGCUUGAUUUUAUCUCCCAAGACAAAGAUUUAUAGCAUAUCGGGUUAUGAAGAGUACCCGUGCGAUACGCUGGUACCGUUGAAGAUGUUUAAGAACCUACAGGUGCUUGAGUUGGUUGAAUACGAACCUAAUGAGAUUUUCGGCUGGCAUGUCUUGUGUGAACAGUUACGUAUCCUUAUCAUCCGUAACUCAAAGGUUUCAGACCUAGCGCAGGUCUUGUAUGCCUUGGUCAUUGAUGAUGAAAAUGGUCGUUCGUCUUUCAGCAACCCACGUCAGUCGAAGCGCCACGAUCCUCCAUUUUUGCAUGAUACCGCCGAACUAGGCUCUCACAAACACCAAUUACCACGCAGGGAACGGGCUUUCACUGCUAAUGCGAGCAUCUCACAUCAUCGUGACCUGUUCCUCGCUGACUCGACCUUCCAAUCCUCGACGGACUUGGCUUUCACUGCAUCCAACCACCCGCUUGAACGUGAUUACUCGGCCAUGCCAGAUUCCAAAUGGUUCUAUCUAAGGCAACUUACUGUCUCAGAGGGUUCCAUAACGUCCAUCCCAGCAUUUGUCUUCAAGCCACUCACGAACUUGGUGAAGUUGAACUUGGCCAAUAAUCUACUUGAAGAGUUUCCACAGGGCCUUGAUCAACUCACCAAUGUCAAGUACUUGAACUUCGCUGAUAACUAUAUCACCUCCAUGCGCAAUUUCCCCACCAAUCUCAAGAACCUCACAACCUUGAACCUCAACAACAACAAGAUUACUAAUAUAGACGGCAUUGAAGACAUUGAUAGCUUGGAGAAGAUUGAUUUGAGGAGGAACAAGCUUACGACGAUUGCUCAGUUGAAGCCUCUAAUUCUCCUUUUCAAGAAGACUGAAUCCAAGCUCUGCAACAUAUUCGUUUCGAGCAAUUCACUACCGAAGACAUACCGUGCAGACUUAUUCAACCUUUUCAACGGUGUCAAGUUUCCAAAUAAUAUGAAGAUAGAUGACUCAAAGCCCGGAUACUUUGAGAAUGCGCUCCUACUAGACCGCGAGGAUGCUAUAAAGAAGCUCAAGAAGUUCUUCGAACCAGAAGCGACAGAAACAAAAUCUGCAAAGGGCGUACGGACUUCUAUCACACCAGCUCCAACAAAUGGUACCAUAACACCAAAGACACCUGAAAGCCCCACGUCACAUCGCCACACUCAUUCCAUCGGCAACGCCAACGACUUGGCCCAUUCAGUGAAACUGCUCGAUAUGAAGGGCCUUGAAAUCAGUUCGGUCCAACAGAAACACUCCAGCCAGAUUACAACCAAAUCAUCUACGGCUCCCAUGACACCACCUGUGGUUAGUGCUGAUGAGGGUACUUCUCCUCUUGCAACCGCUACGAAAGCGCCCUUGCAGAACAACCAGAACCUCAAUAAUCAGUCACAAUUUUCAACAAGCAAGUUUUCAAGCAUGACUAGACACUCAUUUUCCCCUCCGAUGCUUCACCCCAAUGGCUCGGCUACGACGCUCAAAAGCUCUGCCACGCUAAGCAGAAUUGACUUAGAGAGCACCGGCGUCAACAAUCCAGCACCUAAUGUUAUAACGCCUGUCCAGGUACAAGUGGAAGGAUUCCAAUGA